GGGUGCAUGCACUAACCACUAGGCUACUGGCACCCAAUGUGCCAGUAAUGUUUGGCUGAGUAUUUAUUUUCAGGACUUAAUAAUAAUAUUAUUAUUUUCAGGACAAAAAUAUUGCAAUACAUGCUAUUUUUGGCUUUAAAGCAAUGGAUACAAAUGUUCAACUAUUUUUCCAUUUAUGUGCUACACACGUAUCCACAUCUCCUUGGUGUCUCUAUCAGUGCACCACACAGAACAGACAGGUCAUGAAGAAAACUCAAUAAAAGAAUACUGAAGAGAAACGCACAACCUCCCCUCACUGUGCUCUUAUUGGGGCAUUAAAUCUGCUUGAUCAGCAGGCUAGACGCAAAGUUAACGUGGUUAUCUUGAUUGACUCACUCAAGAUACAAAGAAAGACAAUCAUUCAUUCAUUCCACAUGAAACAUUAACCACGACAUCAUAGCUUCACUCCAGCUGCAGCCAGUCGUCAUUCCAGUCCAACACGAUGCAGAAGGUGGCAGUGAUCGGUGCAGGGGUUUCUGGUCUGACCAGCAUUAAGGCCUGUUUGGAUGAAGGCCUGGAGCCUACCUGCUUUGAGAGCAGCCAUGACAUCGGAGGUCUUUGGAGGUUUAAGGAGAAGCCAGAGCCUGGACGAGCAAACAUCUACCAGUCGGUGGUUAUCAACAGCUCCAAAGAGAUGAUAGCCUUCAGUGACCUCCCUCCUCCAGCUGAGCUCCCCAACAACAUGCACCACUCUGAGGUGUUGCUCUAUCUGCGGCUCUACGCACAGACCUUCAAUCUGCUGCAGCACAUACAUUUCCAAAUGACGGUGGUCUGUGUGAGGCAGACAGCUGAUUUUGCUGCAACCGGCCAGUGGGAGGUGGAGACAGAGAGUAGAGAGGGUCAGAGGGAGAUUCAUGUCUUUGCUGCAGUCAUGGUUUGUACCGGACACUACACCCAGCCUCACCUGCCACUCAAAGACUUCCCAGGUAUUGAGAGCUUUGAAGGCAGACAUUUCCACAGCUGGGAUUACCGCAGUGCUGAGGGUCUGCAGGGGAAAAGAGUGGUGGUGAUUGGGAUCGGGAACUCUGGAAGUGAUAUUGCUGUGGAUAUCAGCAGAGUUGCUGAAAAGGUGUACCUCAGCACCAGGAGUGGAGCAUGGGUUGUUGGUCGGGUGGGACCAGGUGGAUUUCCAGUUGACCUUGGGAUGUCUCGCAUGGAAAUGAUCAUCUAUAAUCUCUUCCCCUCGUGGAUCAGCAGGAUGGUAGAAAAGAAGCUGAAUGAAGCAUUUUGCCACAAACUAUAUGGCCUGAAACCAAAACAUGGUUUCUUUGCACAGAUCCCUGUAGUGAAUGACGACCUGCCAGCGCGGAUCAUAUCUGGUCGUGUGAAGGUGAAACCAAACGUGAAGGAGUUCAGAGGGUCCAGUGUGGUCUUUGUGGACGGAAGCAUCAUAGACAAGGUGGAUGUGGUGGUGUUUGCCACAGGGUUCAACUACAGCUUCCCCUUCCUGCCUGCAGCUCUGCAGGUUAAAUGUGGUUAUAGGUUGCAUCUCUACAAACACGUGUUCCCUCCCUCACUGACCCGGCACACACUGGCCGUAGUGGGCUUCGUACACGGCCUCGGGGCCAUUGGUCCACUUGCUGAGAUGCAGGCUCGCUGGGCCACAAGAGUGUUUAAAGGCUUGAUGACCCUCCCCUCAGAAGAGACCAUGAUGAAGGAAAUGCAUGAAGAAACAGAGACAAUGCAUCAGAGGUUUCUGUGCUCGGAGCAUAACCCCCUCCAGGUAGACUACAUCCCUUACCUGGACUCUCUGGCAGGGCCUGUGGGGGUCCGACCAAACAUCCUGUGGCUCUUCCUCAAGGACCCCAGACUGGCGCUGCAGGUUCUGCUGGGUCCCUGUACUCCUUAUCAGUACCGUCUGAGCGGACCAGGUCAGUGGGCUGGAGCCCGUCAGGCCAUCCUCACUCAGUGGGAGCGGGUUCUUCAGCCCUUCAAGACCAGAGUGGUACCAGAACCAGAACCCUCUUCAUAUCAGAGCAUCGUCGUGGCUUUCUCAGGUGCAGCCCUGCUGUGCUGUUUCUUUGUCAAUAAAUGGCCUCUGUCUUCUUUUGUCUGUCCUCCAUCUUUCUUCAGGUCUCCUCAGUGACCUGCAAGUGUGAUGAUAAAUGAUUGUUGAUUAUGAACAAUAAUCAAUGAUGGAGGCAGCAGUCAAUCAGAAAUCUGUAACAAAUAAAAGGGUGACAUCAGGGUCUCUUUGGCAUCUUAUAAACUGAAUAUUAAAAUGGGAAGGUUUUAAGUGCAUUUAGUCGUGAUAUGAAAUGUGACAACAGAAACAACAUCUGAAGAGCAGGACAUAACAGCAUGUUAAGUUGCAGCGGACCUAUUUAAACGUGUUCUUUAUUUUUAUUAUACCGUAAUAUAAUCAUAUGCAUCUCUGCUAUAUGUUCCACUCUAAAUAAUGAACAAAUAAUAAUAAAACAAAGUCUAUCUCAAAUGCACAACGAGAUGGGUGUCUUGUCAAUUA